AUGGAGCCGUCCUGGAUGACUCAAAAGCUGCAGGAGGCAACGGAUCUGCAGCUCAUCGUGCUGCCAUGUUUCAUAGAUGCCACUGACCGCCAAGUGAAAGACCUCGUUUCUGCUGCUAGGGAAGGCCUCGUGUCGGCGGUUGAAGAGAUGCUGCAACGACCGCAAGAUCCGGACCAACGGACCUUUGUCCUUGAAAACAUGGUGAACGAACUGUCUUGCUACCAGACCCCCCUGGGCGCGGCAUGUAGUCACGGCCACGCUGAAGUUGCAAGGCUGCUGCUCUUUGCAGGUGCCAGUCAUAAUUGCCGGUCUCACCCAAAUCGGUACGAUCCAGUCGGUGCGACGCCUCUAUAUUUGGCGUCAAAGGGCGGCCACGCGGAGGUAGUGCGCGUGCUGCUUGAGGCCUGUGCUGACAAGAACACGGCAAGCGGCAUGGACGCACUUUCUCCCUUACUUGUCGCCACCAAGAACAACCGCACGGAGGUUGCGCACGUGUUGCUAGAGGGCGCUGCCGACGCUAACAAGGCUUGCGGUGAAGAUACACCGCUUGUGAUGGCAAUCAUGCUUGACCGUGUAGACAUCACCAAGCUGGUUGACUAA